UUCCAUGGUUACACAUAGAUUUAACAUCACGCAGCAACCAUAAAGUACCAGCGAAGAGUGUAAAAGUAAUGUUGCUAAUAUAACAGCUCAUGUCAGAGCUUUGGGCGACACGAUGGACACUCCGGAACAGAGACACAACGAGACGCAGGCAGAGGAGCAGAGUUUAUUUCCCACUGCAGUGUCAGAAGAGGAGCUGGAUGAGGCCAGGAGAAAAAGCACUUUCAAGCAGCUUUUUGGCUCCAGAAAAAUCCUUCUGGCACCAGGAGAGAAACGCCCUCAAAGACCAGAGCUGCAGGGGAGCCUCAUCAUCCAGAGCAAGGCUGCAGAACAUCACAGAAAUGGAGUCGAGGCAAUGGGAAAGUCCCAGUUUGAGAAGGCUGUGGUUUGCUUCUCCAAAGCCAUCACACUGCAGCCAGAACAGACUCAGCUGUGUGUGAGCCAAGGAGAAGCCUACCUGCAGCUGUGUGACUUCCAGUCAGCAGCAGCCUGUUACAAACGAGCCUCGCUCCUGGAGCCCGGGGCCUUCAGCACCCGCUUGGCCUUCAUCUACAACCUCCAGGGCCAGUGUUUGUUUGACCGAGGUCUUUUUGUAGAGGCUCUUGAUGCCUUCAACAAAGCUGCUGAGGUGAAGCCCGACUGCAGGGCCUACAAGGUCAGAAGCCUGGACUGUCUGACAGCUGCAGGUCACCACACUGAAUGUCUGAAGCUGGUGAAUGACUGGAUGCAGUCAGAGGCUCCCACCUCAGAUCUGUACAUCAUCAGAGCCCGACUGCACAAACUACUCAACCAGACAUCACAGUGUUAUCAAGAUGUCAGGUCGGCGUUAGUGUUGAACCCAACGUGUCCGGAGGCCCGAGUCCUGCUGCUGCAGCUGCAGGAGGCCAGUGAACGGGCCAGACAAAAGGCUGUGGACCGAGCUUUGACCGGCCAGCUGCCUGAGGCCCUCUGCAUGAUCAACAUCGCUCUGGAGAACUGCCCCCGGGACGCACGCCUCUACCUGUUCAGAGGGAUUCUGUACCGACGCCUGAAAGACUUCACAGCAGCCAUUGAGGAUCUGGUCCAGGCUGUGGAGCUGAGUGAGGAGGAGGGGGAGAGGGAGGAGGUCAGAGGUCAGGCGGAGGCCAGAGAUGAGAAGGAUGAGCGUGACUCUCUGGAAAAGGAGGUGAACUUUCAGCUGGUUCUCACCUACAAUGAUUUUGCUGUUCAGUGCUUCAGCAGAGGGCUCUACGCUGAGGCCACUCUGCUUCUCAACAAGGCCAUCGAGGAGGAGAAGGGCCAGCCGGGCCUGUACCUGAACCGAGGAGAUUGCUUCUUCAAGCAGGGUGAGUGGUGUUUUUCUCUGGCCGACUACCAGCAGGCUGAGGAGAUGAUGCAGCCCGAUGACCCUGCUGUCCGGCUUCGCCUCGCUGUCCUCCACAACACGAUGGGCUGUAUCAGCUUCCAGGACGGGCGUCUCCAGGAGGCAGCUGACAUGUUUUCUCUGGCCAUCCAGUACAACCCCACAGCCAGUCAGUACUAUGAGAACAGAUCCAAGGCCUUCCAGAAACUCCUCAACUCGGAGGAAGCCGGACGGGACUUCAUCUGCACACUGAUCCUGGAUCCCACCAACGAGGAGGUGCCUCCUAUGCUCAUGAAUCUGUUCCCUGGCAGCAGUGUGUCUGAUGUUUUGUCCAGUCCAGCAGGACAAGCAGUCAGAGUUCAGCUGAUGGAAACCAUCCAGGCCUACAGCUCCUCCUCCGACCAACAAAGACUGAGUGAGAGGCUUCAGAAGAUGACUCUGACCAAUGGGAACACAGUGAGCCAAUCAGAAGCUCCACCUGGCGCAGGACAGGAGCUGAAGCUGAAGCUGUGUGUCGACCAACAGGAGAUGCAGAUAAAUGUGAAGAGCCUUCUGCAGGUUGAGGAAGUGGUUCGAUCAUUUCACCAUGACCGUCCGGCUCCAAAGCACCACACUGAACCACGCCAAGCCACACACCACCCAACACCACCACCAUCCACACAGGGGAACACCACCAGUCUGCCUUUAAGAGGUCGCACUACAACAAGAGAUUUGGGCUCCACAUCUCAGAAGUGAUUGUGGAGUUA